AUGUAUCGUCAGAAUUCCGGCGCCGGCGCCCAUCACCAAUAUCAGCUGUCAGCAGACGCUUCAGAAUCACCUUUCGCACAGUCACAGUUCCAGUCGCCCAUGUACGGCAUUGACCCAAAUCUGCAAGGAUCACAGCACCUCCAGCCUGGUGUACGCCAAGGAAGCACUCGUCCAUCCUCUCACAGUAGACAAUCCUCGGUGGAGAAUCCGGGCAUGAUGCAUCCUCCCAACAGCUCAUCGCCAAGAGUGGCAAACACAACGCCAGGUCCCGUGGGAUAUUCACCAGGAUAUCGUCCCAGCGACAGGACACUACCAUCUAGAGAUGUGACCCCAGACACCAUCACAGAUGCUUUUGUAGACUUCAUCCUGUAUUGUAACCCUCAUUUCCCGCUCGAUGUCGACUCGGCGAUGCUCCGGAGUACCUUUCAGAGCCCUCCGAAAAGUGAUAACAAGGACUUUGAAAUUUUCCGUCUGUAUGAGCUGCUCCAGAAAUUCGACUCCAAAGAGAUCAAAACGUGGGGACAACUCGCACUGGACCUGGGUGUCGAGGCACCGGAUGUCUCCAAAGGGCAGUCGGUGCAAAAGGUACAACAGUACAGCGUUCGCUUAAAGCGAUGGAUGCGUGCGAUGCAUGUGGAUGCAUUUUUCGAGUUCCUACUUGGCAAACAGCACUCGUACUUUGUGGACAUUCCGCAUCCCAGCGAUCCAUAUCCACCGGCUGGCCGCGAUGGAGUCACUGCUGAGGAGGAUCUUGCAAUCAGAGCAUUGGAUCCUUCUUUCAGACCGAAGCGGGGAAGACGACGGAACUCAGAAGCCGAGUUGGACGACAAUGCCGGAUCAGAAUCGGGAGACAGGGCUUCAAAACACCUCGACGCUGCGUUCAUACAUCAACAUCCUGGUGGUACAAUGUCUGAGAUGUCGAUGAGUGCACACCCUGACGGUUACAAUGACCCGUGGGCCGUGGCAUCAGCUGUGACACCACAAAGCUUCGCUCCGUGGUCAGGACGGCCGUCUGCAAUUGGAGCCUCUAAUCUGAGGUGGCAGCUAGGUCAUGCAAACACGCCCAGCUCUCCGCAUCCAAUGACAGCUUUACCAACAUCCAUGUCUGCACAUAUUGAUGCUGCAUUUGAUGGUGAGCCGAAGUCUGCCGUCACGCCAUCAUCUCGGAAGAGAAGACGGCAUGGUCCUGCGGUAUCCAGUGCAUGGCCUUCUGCCAAUGCACCAGGCGCAAAGCCCAGAGGUAGACCUCCCGCCAGUCGCAACACCCAGGACGGCCCUUUUAGUACGUUUCCCGUCGAUCCCUCCAAUGGGAAAGAAAAAGAUCAACAAUCUACCUCCCAUCCGGCUCCUGCAGACACUCAACCAAACCUCGAACAGCCAUCGCCUCAGAUUCCCCAGCCCAUGUUCCAGCUUCACGGAGAGGGUAGACCCAGUAGACUGUCACUCCACGUCCCACAGCGUACAGGUGCGCCUGUACGACUUGCCACUCCACCCAUGCUCAUGGUUAAUGGCGAGACUGGUGCGAGUGGGACAGCAAAUGAGAUGGAAGAUGGGAGAAGGGAUAUCUCCGAGCCGCCACUACUCACACAGAUUGCCGCCCAGCAAUAUACUCCCCCAAUCAGAGCAGCUCCUGCCUUUACAUUCGAGACGCUCAAGCGUGUUGUCACGAGCGAUUUACUUCGUGCAGAUAUUUCCGGCCGCCGGCAACGUUUAACUGGCGAUGAAGCAAAACGUCUCGCCGACUCAGUAUUAGAUCGUCUCGGAGUCCCGAGAGAGGAAACUGCGGUUCCACGCGAUCACAUCGCACGUCUGACAGCAGCAUCAUGGCUGGGAGUCGGCGAUCAAGUCAACGUCCCUCUCGGACCUGCCACGGGCCACGGGAAGAAAAUCAACGUGACGCGGUUCCGAGUCGGACCCGAUGGCUACGAGGAAAUCAUCUAUGAUGAAGACGCACAAGGCGUUCGCGAAGUCUUUGAUAUUUUCUGGCACGUCAGUCUUGGGGGUUGCAUGGGGAGUUUCGAAAUGAAGGGUUUAUCUCUUUCGGCCUCGUCGUUGUCUGGUGGGGCUGCUACUGCUGGGGAGAGUGUAGAAACGACGCAUGAUAUGAUGUUGAGGAAAUCUUUGGAGGCUUUGCAUAAGUUGAAUAAGAAGGGGUGGGUGGAGGGUAGUAUGCAGGAAAUUGCGAGGUCUGUGGCUAGGACUUCUUCGCAUCAGCAGGAUGAUAAUAUUGAUUGGAAGGCGAGGUGUAAAGCUAUGGAAUWUGGGACGAUGAUUGCUAAAGGGGAGGUGGAGAGGAUGAGGAGGACUAUGGUGGAGAAGAUUAUGGAUGCUGUUUUGUGA